AAACGGCGGAGGAAACUAUCAAUAUCUGCAGAGGAGAGAGAAAGAGUUAUACAGGGGGAGGAGAGACAGAGAGGAGAUAGAGAGGAUUCGGGUUGGAGUUAGGGUCUUGUGCGCAUCCGAAUGAUCGGGGAUUGUCGGAGGACGGCACGGAGUAGAGAUCUGGCUGGUGGUGGUGGGGAGAAUUGGUGGUCCGGUGAUAUGCUCGCUGAUGGAAACAGGCAAGUGGAGUUGGAGUACGUCCGGAGGCACCACCGCCGCGAUCCUAAGGAGAAUCAGUGCAGCUCUUUUCUAGUCAAGCACAUCAAAGCUCCUGCUCAUCUCGUUUGGUCUUUGGUGAGGAGAUUUGAUCAGCCGCAGAAGUACAAGCCGUUCAUUAGCCGAUGUGUGGUGCAGGGGAAUAUGGAGAUUGGGAGUGUUAGGGAAGUUAAUGUUAAGUCGGGAUUGCCGGCCACUACCUCUAUGGAGAGGCUAGAGCUCCUUGAUGACAACGAACAUGUUCUAAGCAUCAAGAUCGUUGGAGGGGAUCAUAGACUCAAGAAUUACUCUUCCAUAAUUAGUGUACAUGCUAAAAUCAUUGAUGGGAGGCCAGGAACUCUGGUGAUUGAAUCUUUUGUAGUGGAUGUGCCCGAAGGGAACACCAAGGACGAGACUUGCUUUUUUGUAGAGGCUUUGAUCAGGUGCAACCUCAAGUCAUUAGCUGAUGUUUCUGAACGCAUGGCCGUGCAGGAUCACACAGAACCUAUUGAUCAGUGAUAAAUAGUUAUGUUUUGUGGCUUCAUGAAAAUCUUCGUAGCUCUAAGGCUGGAGAACUAUUCCUUACAACCUGAUUUCCUUAACACCCUCACCAUUAAAUUCCUCCCACCCCAAUGCUCUCAAAAUCACCGAAAGUUAGAUUUAGGAUUGAAAUGAAUUGUAGAAAAAGAAGGAAAGAAAGAACCCCUUGUCCAAAUACAUCCUUAAUGGCCUCUGUUCAUUUUUAUGUUUUCUAACUUAGGUCCCCUUUUUUUCUCUCAAGCUACUCCUAUGAUCAAUGUUCUUGCAUAUACGAACAUCUUUGUGACUUUUCUUUUUGGAGUUUGUCUGGUUUGGUAUGUCUGUUAAGCAGAUAGGCUGAACAUGUACACUUUAGUAUAAAUAUGUAGUCUGAAUGAUCUCUUGGUUUAAAUAUUGUAAUGAAUUUCUUCUAGCAUUUUUUUUUU